GGUGUGUUUCGGUCAAUCAUUCUACGGACGCCGUCGCGGUAAGGUUCUGCUCUCGUCGGUCUCGCCGGUUACGUACGCUGCCAUCCGGGGGCUCGCACUGUUCGCUCGUUUUGGGUGAAGAAUUUCGGUUAAGCGAAAGUUUACACGAUACGGCAACCGUAGAUCUUUGCAGUGCAAUUGUGUAAAAAAAAAACGUGCUGCUAACUUAGGGGAGUCUCUCUACCUAUGCCAGACAAAUCAAAACCAAUUAACUGGUGGUGUUUGUUGAAUCAUAAUCGUGCGAGUUUGUGGCUGAGAUAAAUGAAGCAGUAAAAACAAGCACAGUGAGCAAGCGAGUGUUGGUUGUCGGUCACGGAGCAGCGAUCGGGACACCCCAGGCUGGGUUAAUCCUCAUCAUCUUCCUGCUGGCUGCGAUGCCUGCUGGCUGCCAUAUGCAACGUGGUCUCAACGCGUUCGGUGACGUAAAGUUGCGUACUUUCUAUUGACAGUUGUUGUUGUGUUUUGUUUUGCAAAGUGCGACAGGAAAAGUAAAUUUAGAAGAGCACGUCGUCGGUGUCGGUCGGUGCUAGGCAACGCGUGAACAGUAGUGAUCAGUGCUAACCUUGAAUGAUCCUGGUGCAGCGCGUCAUGCGUGCAUGUGCAUCGUCGUCGCUGAAGUGAAGCUGUGCCUAGGCCAGAAAAUUGUCGCCAAGAUUAUUGUAGGGAACAUUACAAUUAGAACCAGACACACACACGCACACCGGAAGAACUUAUUUAUCUAAAGAAAUCCUUCCACGUCUUUGUGCAGACAAAGAAUCAUCAUCAGCAUUACUACUGCGUGUGACGAGAGAAGAAACCGAACCCAUACUGUGGUGAAAGAAAAGACGAAAUUCAUCCCCUUUUUUCGUGUCUACAAUUCCUACUGCGUGUGGUGUCGCUGCGCAAAAUCUGAUGCAAACCCUCGGCUAAAACACUUUGCGAAAUCAAACCCCACGUUGUCGGUCGUGUGUGUAUUUGUGUUCGCGGUGGAUAAAAUAUUCGUUUCAAUCGUACCCGGCGUUGCCAAGGAUACCGCGAAGGACAAAGGUUUGACAGGCCGACCGGUUGCAUGUUGCGUGCUUUGCGAAGGAAACGGUGAAGAGUUGAUGUUUGGACGAGAUUUGUCGCUUUGAAGUAGUAUUGUUGUGCUAGUGGCACGGAUUAGUAUACGCGAAGGAACGUAGGUGCCUUUUUAUGUUACAAUCCACGCAACAUUCGGCCGCUGACACGGAGAAAGCCACCGUCUAUCAGCUGGCCAACGGUCAUCACACCAACAACAACGGCGACUGCGGCAAAGUGAGAUCACAGACGAAGGUCCCGGAACGAAGACGCACCAACAUGCUGGUGAAGGAGUUCUGUAACCGGCGGUGCAUCCUGACAUCGUCCGGUUUGCUUCUGGUCGCCAGCGGUACCUUCUUCAUCCUGUUCUUCCCGAUCAUAUUCCAGGACAUACUGCAAGAGGAGCUUAAACUUCGACCCGGUUCGCGGAGCUAUGAUUCCUGGGUAACGCCACCGUUCCCACUCGCGAUGGAUGUGUACUUCUUCAACUGGACCAAUCCGGAAGACAUUACGAAUCACUCGACGAAACCGAUCCUGGAAGAGUUGGGACCGUAUCGGUUUAUCGAGCAUCCAACCAAGGUGGACAUCGAAUGGCACGAUGAGAAUGCGACCGUAAGCUAUCGGAAGAAGAGCAUCUACUACUUCGACGAGGAGGGCAGCAAUGGCAGCCUGGAUGAUGUGAUUAGCAGCAUUAACAUUGUGGCUGUGUCUGCCGCAAAACGAUCCAAGUACUGGGGAUAUCUCAAGCAGAAGGGUGUCUCGCUGGGACUCAAUGUGUACGAGCAGAAGAUAAACGUGGUCAAAACGGCGGGCGAGUUGCUGUUCGAUGGGUACGAGGAUAAUAUGGUGCUGAUGGGCAAACACAUGUUCGACGCGGAUGAAGUACCGUUCGAUCGUGUCGGAUGGUUCUAUACGCGUAACAACUCUGCCGAUCUGAUCGGUCACUAUAACAUCCACACCGGUGUGGAGGACAUCGCGAUGCUUGGGAAAAUGGGCGAAUGGAACUACAAACCACGGACGAACUUUUUCGAAGGGACCUGUGGUAUGCUGAACGGAUCGGCUGGAGAAUUUUUCCCACCAGGAUUGUCCAAAGAGCAUCCGAUUGAGCUGUUCACGCCCGACAUGUGCCGUAGUUUGCCGCUUGACUUUGAGGAAGAGGUUACAAUCCAUGGACAGAAGGCGUACAAGUAUUCCGGUGAUCGUAGGGCGAUCGAUAAUGGAACGCUGUACCCCGAGACGGCUUGCUUCAGUGCGGGUGAGAUCGUACCGUCGGGAGUGCUAAACAUUUCGUCCUGUCGGUUCGGGACGCCCGUGUUCGUGUCGUUCCCGCAUUAUUACGCAGCUGAUCCGUUCUAUCUAGAUCAGGUCGAGGGGCUGAGUCCUUCGAAGGAGAAGCAUCAGUUCUACAUGUCGAUGGAACCGACCACCUCCGUUCCGUUGGACGUUGCCGCUCGCUUGCAGCUAAACAUCAUGAUCGAACCGUACGAGAAUAUCAACCUCUUCUCUGACGUUAAACGAGUCUUCCUGCCCGUCCUAUGGUUCGAGCAGCACGUCAUUAUGCCACCCGAGCUUGCCGGGGAAAUCGGUCAGGCACUCACCAUUCCCUCGAUCGUACGGCUCUGUGGCAUCGUGAUGGUUGUGUUUGGCGUAGUGCUCCUUCUCUGGACGCCACUAGAGCGUAUGUUCUUCCGUCGGCGGCGUGUUGCCGGAACGUGCGGCAACAAAGACAGCGCUGCAUUCAACAGUGUCCGUUCGUUCAAUCUUACGACCGAAAAGGGCUUGCUUUCUGCGGCGGAGAAGAAAAAUGGUAUACCGACAACAGCCACCGCCAUUGUGCUGGUGGACAAACUGCUCGAAAAACCCGAAAAGCUUGCGCUAACCGAUAGCAGCCCGCAGAUGUCUUCGCCCGAGCCGGAAAGUGCUCCACUGAUCGAGGGUAGAAAUGCGACCAUUGUGAAAUCUUGAAAACAACCACAGACAGCCGGAUACCGUCAGCCAGUUACCCUGUCCGAAGCGGAUCACUGAUACUGAGUGAUCCAUGUAUCUUGUCAGGGGAGCAUUUAUUCAACGAGACAGCCAGCCGUGCUCUGCUGCUUCUCGCACUGUGAGAUUCCUAGCGUGUAGUGGUGCUGCAUCGCAUCCAAGACGAUGCGUGUUCAAAAGUGACUGAACGAUCGGUGGUUUUAGAGUUAAGUGACGCAACCCCACGCCCAACUGAAAGCAAUUCCCCAAAGUGAUAGAGUACACACGAAAGCACGCGACAGGUGCGCGAGGACCAGAAUUAGAAUCGGUAAGCUACAAACUAUCUCCUCCCACGGUGACGUUCCGGGCCGGGCAAGGACGUACACGAGUGCCUCCAGAGCUACUCACGCUACCGAAAAGAACCACCUGCUUGUAUACAUGUUAGGACCAGGACAACCAGAAAACGUCGGCUUUUAAUGACGUAAGGAUCUAUUUACAGGGUUUCACAUUACAUAGAAAUCGUUCUAAAAAUUGCUUGCCGAUUGAUUGUAAACGUUUAAGAUUAAGCGCCUUUUUGCGUUUGGCAGUGCAUGUUUCGUUCGUAUGUCGCACGUUAGUUUACGCUUUUCGUAAUUGCACAUCUCUGAUGGAGAUAGUACGCGCGCCUGUGUGUCUGUGUAGCCCGGUGUACGUUAUAUAGCACUUUAAUGAAACAAAUCUCGUCCCUUAAUAUUAGUUCGUUAGCAACGGUUCAGUUUAUUUCCGAGCUUACGAAUGCUAUUUUUCUAUUGAAAAUAGCUUCCACUCGCGUGUUUCCCACUUAUUUGCAUGCAGAAAACAAAGAAACAAGAGAACAACCAAAAAGGUGUUUUGGUUGCGUAUCGGCAAAAAUGUUUUCCAAAUUUAUCAACUUUGAGCGCUAGGAGAUAAUGUGACAAAUGUAUCGUUUAUAGUGUUAAGAAGCAUUCAAUCAUUUACAUCCGUUCCUAUCCGAUGAGGAAAAGCAUUAGGCUAAGAAGCAGACCAGUUAAGGUGGUCGUGUUUGUUGAAAAAAACGAAACGAAAAAUAGCAUUCCCUCGUGGGUUUCUUAUUCUGCGUUUUUAAUGACUGUGCAAUGCUCGUUACAAUCAAGUUGCUAACCGCGAGUGAUAGUUGUUACGCGGUAAAGUGAGCGAACUUUGACCAAGUUUAGGCAACGGAGAGACAAAUUGACCAAAAGACAGCAUGCUUCCGGCAUUGCGUGAGCGUGUCGUGAGCUGUACGAAAUGAUUUCUAGCCAAGUUACGACAAAAAAGCAUAAUGUGAAUGGACAGGAAAUUGAUGCAAAAAAGACGAUAAUAUAGUAUGAUAAAUAUAGUAA